CUUCGUUCUUCUCUUGCGACAUCACAGUGAUCACACAUCCAGGUGAUCAAACUUUACAGCACGGCUACUUCUGAUUUUGAUUUUGAACUAACCAUGGUAAAUUUCUUAAACCGUAGAACUAAAAACUGUAAAAAAACUGUUUAUCGUGAAUUACCGUGGAUCGGAACAGACAAUCCGUCUAAUUGCCAGUUGUUUAGCUGUGUGCGAAUUGCGAUGCGUUCUGAAUGAGAAGCAUUUCUUAAAAUUCCGUUUCCUUCGCCAUGCCGAAAAAUCUCCGCCGUUUCGCGGGCCGUAAUCCGAAGAUAUCCCAUGUCGAAGAUGCGAUGCACACUGCGGACGAUAGCGAUCGCGAGACCGAACAGGAUGCCCCACGCAUCGCAGCGCCUCGACAAAUGUCCAGGAAACAGCAGCGUAAAGUCGAUCGUAAAAUGAAGAAGGCCAAGAAGAAUGCGUGGUAUACGCACCAAACGGCGGAUGAGCCCGUACCAAAGAAACAGCAGCGAAACCCCGAUAAACAACCGGAACGGAAGGCCGUCAAGCGUAAAGCUCCCGAUGAUGCUGAUGACGUUGUGGAGAAACGAAAAGCGCAAGCCAAACAACGAAAGCAUGAACAGAUGGUGGAGAAGCUGAAAGAAGACAACGAGAAGGAGGAUAAACUGCUGAAGCAGUUGGAGAAGAAGCUGGGCUUGAAAAAACGCAAGUCGAAAGCGUUGCCGACUUCGUUCGCUGAUGAGGGACUUGAUUACUUGCUGGAAGUGUUGGAGAAUCCGAAAAGCGAGAUGGAACUGGAAGCACCGGAAGGCGAUGACUCCGAGGCAGAAUUUCCACAUGACCAGCUGUUGGGCAACGACGACGAUGAUGAGGAUGAGGCUCCAUUAGAAAUCCCUUCGAACAAGGCCUCCACCCAGAAUCCCAAAGGAAUCUUGAAAAAACCGAAAUCUCUCCAUCCCGUCGCGGAGACUAUCUUGGAAAAUUUUGAAGACAGUGAUUCUGCUGACAUAUUCAGCAAUGCCGACGAAGGUGACAAGCACGAUGAUGAUGAAGACGAAGAAUUCGAUGACGACGGCGACGGUGAUCUUGACGGUGCAGACGAAGAAUUUGAUGAGGAUGGUGGGGAAUAUUCCAGUGACAACGACAAAACUGCGGAAGGUGCAGUGGAAAAUAGCGAUGAAAAGGAUGGAGAUGGAACAUGGGAGGAUAUUUACGGGCGCUUUCGGGAUAAACAAGGCAAUGUUAUAACGGAGAAGGCCGUGGGGAAGUACAUCCCGCCGGGAUUGAAAGCGGCGGCUAGCGGUGAUGACGGGAAGAUGGAGCGGCUGACCAAACAGUUGAAGGGCCUGCUCAACCGUUUAACCGAAGCGAAUAUGGCUAAUAUAGUGGCGCAGGUGGAAACGCUCUUCACGACGUACAGCCGGCAUGAAAUGAAUUCCACAUUGGUCAAACUCGUUCUCAGCAGUUGCGUGCAGUCCAGCCUGAUGCCAAAGCGGUUGGGACUGGAGUACGGGAUGUUUCUCGGAUUGCUGUAUCAGAAUGUAGGCCAAGAAACCGGUGCUUUCUUCGUUGAGCAGUUGUUGUGCGCUUACGACGAACUCGUGGCUGCCAACGCACAUCAGUCGGUGGAUGAAUUUGAUAAGCGACUGGACAAUGUGGUUGUGUUAUGGUGCCAUUUGUUCAAUUUCAAAAUUGUCCAUUCAGCUAUGAUAUUCGAUUUACUGGAGGAGUUCACCGCUCGUUUCGAGGAGAAAGAUAUCGACAUGAUUCUGAUUAUACUGCGUGAAGUUGGAUUUUCUCUGCGGAAAGCGGAUCCGGCUGCGUUGAAGGAUUCUUUGGCUACAAUUCAAUUAAAAGCCAACGAAAUGUUAAACCAAAAACGAACUGCCGGUUCCCGUUUGACGUUCAUGUUGGACAUCCUGACGGCCAUCCGCAACAACAACAUGCGCAAAAUCCCCAAUUACGACCCCUCGGAACUGGAGCACCUGUCCAAGGUGUACCGGGCAUUACUGCGGAAAGGACAAGCGGUGGAAGCCGAACUGAAGAUCUCCUUGAAUGAUCUGCGUUCCGCCAAGGAUCGCGGCAAAUGGUGGGUGGUGGGGGCGGCCUGGCAGCAGCCGGAGCUGGCGCCCAUGGAGAAGCGGACCGUGGGCAGUGAUCCGGUGUCGCUGGCCGUGGGAACGGCCAGUGCGCGGCUGCUGGAAUUGGCCAGCAAGCAGCGCAUGAAUACGGAUGUGCGGAAGGCGAUAUUCUGCGCGAUCAUGGGUGCUGAGGACUUUAGCGACGCAUUUGAGCGCAUCGUGAAACUGAAUUUAAAAAGCGCCCAGGAAGCCGAAGUUAUUCACGUUUUAAUCCACUGCAUUCUCAAUGAAAAACACUUUAAUCCGUACUAUGCCUUUGUGAUGGACAAAUUCUGUGGAUCACAUCGUACCUUCCAGCGUCAGCUGUUAUUUGCUCUGUGGGACAAAAUCCGUGAUCUGGCUACACUGAACCCAUCCCAACAGAAAAAUUUGGCCCAACUUUUGGCGCACGGACUGACCCAACGGACACUGCCCAUCACGGUGCUGAAGAAGACCAAUUUUGCCGAUAUGAAUGCCGCCCUGGUGGAGUUAUUGCGUACUGUCUUGGCGACGCUGCUUUUAUCGCCAUCCGAAAAAGAUAUGACGGACAUUUUCUCCACAUUGGCAGAGAAAAAGUACAAAGUGAUGCGGGAAAGCUUGCGCUUGUUUAUGCGGCAUUUUAUGGUUAGAAACGCGAGGAAAAUCUUGGUCGAUAAGCUGGCCAAGUUUUCCAAAGAGGACUUGAUGAAGCGGAUUGAUUUGGCUGAGAAAGCUUUACUGGGUACCAAUAAGUUGUGAUAAUUGUUGUUUGUGUUGUGAAAAAUGUACUGGCUAGUUCGGAAUUUAUCUGGAUAAAAUUGGAGAGCUUGUUAAUUACUUUGCGACACCG